AUGAGUGCUGAUGGGGAAAUGGCAGUUUUUGGGCAGGCGGCCCAGUUCCUCCGUAAGUCUGAGAGGGAACGAGUCGAGGCUCAGAACCGCCCUUUUGACGGCAAGACGGCGUGCUUUGUCAGUGAUGAUAAAGAGCUGUAUGUCAAGGCUGAGAUCCAGGACAGGGUGGGCGACAAGGUCACUGUCAAGACCACAGAUGACAGAGUUUUAACUUUGAAGGAGGAGCAAGUGUUUCCCAUGAACCCUCCUAAGUUCGAUAAGAUUGAAGACAUGGUGAUGAUGACGCACCUGCAUGAGCCUGCAGUGCUGUUCAACCUGAAGGAGCGAUAUGCAGCAUGGAUGAUCUAUACCUACUCCGGGCUCUUCUGUGUGACUGUAAACCCUUACAAGUGGCUCCCGGUCUACAACCCAGAGGUGGUCCAGGCCUACAGAGGGAAGAAGAGGAUGGAGGUCCCCCCUCACAUCUUCGCUCUCUCUGACAACGCCUAUCAGUCCAUGCUCACUGAUCGCGAGAAUCAGUCCAUUCUCAUUACUGGAGAAUCCGGUGCUGGGAAGACUGUCAACACCAAGCGUGUCAUUCAGUACUUUGCGACAAUCGCAGUGGCAACAGACAAGAAAAAGGAGACAAACAACAACAUGAAGGGGACUCUGGAGGACCAAAUCAUCCAGGCCAACCCGCUUCUGGAAGCUUUUGGGAAUGCCAAGACUGUAAGGAACGACAACUCAUCCCGCUUUGGUAAAUUCAUCCGAAUACACUUCGGCACCACUGGUAAACUGGCCUCUGCCGACAUUGAAACGUAUCUGCUGGAGAAAUCAAGAGUAACAUUUCAGCUGGCAGCUGAGAGAAGUUAUCACAUUUUUUAUCAGCUUACUUGCAACAAGAAGCCUGAACUUAUUGAUUUGCUUCUCAUCACCACCAACCCCUUUGAUUUUGCCUUCAUAAGUCAGGGUGAAAUCAGCGUCAAAAGCAUCAACGAUGCAGAGGAGUUAAUGGCCACAGAUGAAGCUUUUGAUAUUCUGGGCUUCUCAGCUGAAGAAAAAGCAUCAGCCUACAAGCUGACAGGAGCUGUGAUGCAUUACGGGAACAUGAAGUUCAAGCAGAAACAGCGGGAGGAGCAGGCCGAGCCCGAUGGCACUGAGGAAGCUGAUAAAGCUGCGUAUCUGAUGGGCCUGAACUCUGCUGAUCUGCUGAAAAACUUGUGUUAUCCUCGAGUUAAGGUUGGAAAUGAGUAUGUCACCAAGGGACAAAAUGUCCAGCAGGUGUACAACUCCAUUGGUGCUCUCGCCAAAUCUGUCUACGAGAAGAUGUUUCUGUGGAUGGUUGUACGAAUCAACCAGCAGCUCGACACCAAACAGUCCAGACAACAUUUCAUUGGAGUUCUUGACAUCGCAGGCUUUGAGAUUUUUGAUUACAACAGCAUGGAGCAACUCUGCAUUAACUUCACCAACGAGAAGCUGCAACAGUUUUUCAACCAUCACAUGUUCGUCCUGGAGCAAGAGGAGUAUAAAAAGGAAGGCAUUGAUUGGGAAUUUAUUGACUUUGGUAUGGAUCUGGCCGCCUGCAUUGAGCUCAUUGAAAAGCCAAUGGGCAUCUUCUCCAUCCUGGAAGAGGAGUGCAUGUUCCCAAAAUCAUCAGACACAUCUUUUAAGAACAAACUCUAUGACCAGCAUCUUGGAAAGAACAACUGCUUCUUGAAGCCCAAAGUAGUGAAAGGGAAGCCAGAAGCUCACUUCACUUUGGUGCACUAUGCCGGCACCGUGGACUACAACAUCACUGGCUGGCUGGAGAAGAACAAGGACCCGCUGAACGAGUCAGUGGUGCAGCUUUACCAGAAGUCACCAAACAAAACACUGGCCAUGUUGUAUGCAAGCUUCUCUGCAGCAGAAGAGGCUGCUGGGGGUGGAAGCAAAAAAGGGUCAAAGAAGAAGGGAGCAUCUUUCCAAACGGUGUCAGCUCUAUUCAGGGAGAAUCUUGGGAAGCUCAUGACUAAUCUAAGAACCACCCAUCCUCACUUUGUGCGAUGCUUGAUACCAAAUGAGACCAAAACACCAGGUGUCAUGGAAAACCAAUUGGUUAUUCACCAGUUGCGCUGUAACGGUGUGCUGGAAGGCAUUCGGAUCUGCAGGAAAGGAUUUCCGAGCAGAAUUAUCUAUGGGGACUUCAAACAAAGAUACAGGAUUCUUAAUGCGAGCGCUGUUCCUGAGGGGCAGUUCAUGGAUAAUAAAAAAGCUGCAGAGAAGCUGCUGGGCUCAAUCGACGUGGAUCACACCCAGUACAAGUUCGGACACACUAAGGUGUUUUUUAAAGCCGGUCUGCUUGGUGCUUUGGAGGAGAUGAGGGACGAGCGUUUAGCCCAGGUUGUGAUGUCCACUCAGGCUCUGUGUCGUGGUUAUCUCAUCCGGCUGGAGUAUCAGAAGAUGAUGGCCAGAAAGGAGGCCAUCUACACCAUCCAGUAUAACUUCCGUUCUUUCAUGAAUGUAAAACACUGGCCAUGGAUGAAGCUGUAUUUCAAACUGAAACCUCUUCUAAAGAGUGCAGAGGCUGAGAAGGAAAUGGCCCAAAUGAAAGUAGAUUUCACCAAACUCAAGGAGGAUCUAGCAAAGUCAGAAAACCGGCGGAAGGAGCUGGAGGAGAAGAUGGUCUCCAUAGUUCAAGAGAAGAACGAUCUCCUGCUUCAAGUCCAGGCAGAAGCUGACCAUCUUGUGGAUGCAGAGGAAAGAUGUGAAGGGCUUAUUAAAAGUAAGAUCCAGCUGGAGGCCAAGCUGAAGGAGGUGACAGAGAGACUGGAAGAUGAGGAGGAGGUGAAUGCCGAACUGACGGCUAAGAAGAGGAAGCUGGAAGAUGAGUGCUCCGAGCUGAAGAGAGACAUUGACGACUUGGAGCUCACAUUAGCAAAAGUGGAAAAGGAGAAGCAUGCUGUAGAAAACAAGGUGAAAAACUUGACUGAAGAAAUCAUGAGCCAAGAUGAAAACAUUGCCAAACUAUCUAAGGAAAAGAAGGCUCUGCAGGAAGCACAUCAGCAAACACUGGAUGACCUUCAGUCGGAGGAGGACAAAAUGAACACUUUGACAAAAGCCAAAAACAAACUAGAACAGCAAGUUGAUGAUCUGGAAGGUUCGUUUGAACAAGAGAAGAAGGUCCGCAUGGAUCUGGAAAGAGCCAAGAGGAAGCUGGAGGGCGAUCUCAAACUUGCUCAGGAGUCCAUAAUGGAUCUGGAGAAUGAAAAACAACAGCUGGAUGAAAAGCUGAAGAAGAAAGACUUUGAGUUGUCACAACUUCAGACGAAGAUAGAAGACGAGCAGGCUCUCAGCGCUCAGCUACAGAAGAAAAUCAAAGAGCUCCAGGCACGAAUUGAGGAGCUGGAGGAGGAAAUCGAGGCCGAGCGCUCGGCUCGGGCCAAAGUGGAGAAGCAAAGGUCCGAUCUGUCCAGAGAACUGGAGGAGAUGACAGAGAGGCUGGAGGAGGCUGGAGGAGCUACCGCCGCUCAGGUGGAGAUGAACAAGAAGCGUGAAGCCGAGUUCCUCAAACUGCGCAGGGAGUUGGAGGAAUUUUCACUGCAGCACGAAGCUACAUCAUCUGCUCUGCGCAAGAAACACGCCGACAGCGUAGCGGAGAUGGGAGACCAGCUGGAUAACAUCCAGAGAGUCAGGCAGAAACUGGAGAAGGAGAAGAGCGAGCUGAGGCUGGAGCUGGAUGACGUGUCAAGCAACAUGGAAACCAUGGCUAAAGCAAAGAUGAACUUAGAGAAAAUGUGCCGCUCACUUGAAGAUCAGCUGAGUGAAGUAAAAACUAAAGAGGAGGAACAUCUGAGAUUUAUAAAUGACCUUUCAAGCCAGAAAGCUCGUCUAACAACAGAAAACGUGGAGAUGGCUCGCCAACUUGAAGAAAAGGAGUCUUUAAUGUCACAGCUGACUCGAGGAAAACAAGCCUUUAUUCAGCAGAUCGAAGAGCUGAAGCGACUUCAUGAAGAGGAAGUAAAGGCUAAAAACGCCCUGGCACACAGUUUGCAGUCAUCCCGUCACGACUGUGAGCUGCUGAGGGAGCAGUACGAGGAGGAGCAGGAGGCCAAAGCUGAGCUGCAUCGCUGCUUGUCUAAGGCCAACAGCGAGGUGGCUCAGUGGAGAACCAAAUACGAGACGGAUGCCAUCCAGCGCACUGAGGAGCUCGAGGAGGCCAAGAAGAAGUUGGCUCUCCGUCUGCAGGAUGCAGAAGAAGCUGUAGAGGCCGUUAACUCUAAGUGUUCCUCUCUUGAAAAGACUAAGCAGCGGCUGCAGGGAGAGGUGGAGGACCUAAUGAUGGAUGUGGAGAGGUCUAAUGCAGCUGCAGCUGCGCUGGACAAGAGGCAGAGGAAUUUUGACAAGGUCGUGGCUGAGUGGAAGCAGAAAUAUGAGGAGGGUCAAGCAGAGCUGGAGUCGUCUCUAAAAGAGGUGCGAUCUUUGGGAACAGAGAACUUCAAGAUGAAGAAUGCCUUUGAGGAAUGCCUGGAUCAGCUGGAAACCCUCAAACGAGAGAAUAAAAACCUGCAACAGGAAAUAAUGGAUCUCACUGAGCAGCUGGGGGAGAUGGGAAAAACCAUCCACGAGCUUGAGAAAUCAAAGAAACAGGCCGAGCAGGAGAAGUUAGAGGCUCAGACGAGUCUCGAAGAAGCAGAAGCUUCGCUUGAACACGAGGAAUCCAAGAUCUUGCGGGUCCAGCUAGAGCUCAGCCAGGUGAAGUCUGAGGUGGACAAGAAGAUCGCUGAGAAGGACGAAGAGAUCGAACAGCUGAAGAGAAACAGCCAACGAGUCAUUGACACGAUGCAGGGUAAUUUAGACGCUGAGAUCCGGAGCCGGAACGAUGCCCUCAGAGUGAGGAAGAAGAUGGAGGGAGAUCUGAAUGAGAUGGAGAUCCAACUGAGCCAUGCCAACAGGCAGGCGGCUGAGGCUCAGAAACAGCUGAGGAACAUCCAAGUUCAGCUCAAGGAGGUCCAGAUUCACCUUGAAGAUGCUCUGAGAAGCAGCGAUGACAUGAAAGAGCAAGUUGCCGUGUCCGAGCGCAGGAAUAACCUGAUGCAGGCUGAGAUGGAGGAGAUCCGAGCGGCGCUGGAGCAGACGGAGAGGAGCCGCAGACUGGCCGAGCAAGAGCUGCUGGACGCCAGCGAGAGAGUGCAGCUGCUUCACUCGCAGAACACCAGCCUCCUCAACAGUCGGAAGAAGCUGGAGGCCGAUCUGUCUCAGAUUCAGGGUGAGAUGGACGACAGCGUCCAAGAAGCCAGGAACGCUGAGGAGAAAGCCAAGAAGGCUAUCACUGAUGCUGCCAUGAUGGCUGAGGAGUUGAAAAAAGAGCAGGACACCAGCGCUCACCUGGAGAGGAUGAAGAAGAACCUGGAGGUGACGGUGAAAGACCUGCAGCAACGUCUCGAUGAGGCCGAGAACCUGGCCAUGAAAGGAGGGAAGAAGCAACUCCACAAGCUUGAAGCCAGGGUUCGGGAGCUUGAAAACGAGCUCGAAGCGGAGCAAAGACAUGGGUCCGAUUCUGUAAAAGGUGUACGCAAACUUGAGCGCAGGAUCAAAGAGCUCACCUAUCAGACUGAUGAGGACAGGAAAAACAUGAUGAGGCUGCAGGACCUGGUGGACAAACUCCAACUGAAGGUCAAAGCAUACAAGAGGCAGGCUGAAGAGGCUGAAGAACAAGCCAACACGCAUUUGACUAAACUGAGGAAGGUGCAGCAUGAGCUGGAGGAGGCUGAGGAGCGGGCCGACAUCGCCGAGUCCCAGAUCAAUAAGAUGAAAGUCAAGAGUCGUGACAUAAGCAAGGGAAAAGAUACUGGAGAGUAGUCAUGACUGCUAUCAAGACAAUAUCCUCUGCUUUACUUACUAAGCUAGUUUGCAACAUACUCUUAAAAUAAUAACUUUCCUCACUUUAAUUUCACUUUAUGUGUAAAUCUAUGUGAUAACUGUAUUUAAAAUUCCACUGUGGUUACAGGAAAACAGGUUCAGCUCUUUCAUCUCAGCAGGAUGUUUUGGUUUCCGUUGCUGUGUCACAGCAUUCCACUAGAGGGCGCCAAAGAAAGACGUUUUCACAUUUUACACAUUGUGACUUUAAAUAUUAAGUAGAGCAUUUAUCUCCAAGAACCACUUGUGUUGUUCUUGUUUGUUUGUGG